GCCUCCGAGGGGCCGGCCGGACGCGAGCGGCGAGGGGCGGCCUCAACGCUGUCCCUGUCGCCGCGGCUCGCGUCUCCCUGCCGGCUCCUUUGUCUCCCCGCUCGCGGCCGUGGGGAUUAUUCGUGAACAAAAGUGCAGCCUCAAGAUGGCUGAUGGCAACGACGACCUGCGGGCGGACGACGCGCCGGGGCCAGCCUACGAGGGCUACGAGUCCCUGGAGCUCGCCUGCCCGGCCGAGCGCAGCGGCCACGUAGCCGUCGGCGACGGGCGCCACAUGUUCGUCUGGGGCGGCUACAAGAGUAACCAAGUCAGAGGAUUAUAUGACUUUUAUCUCCCUAGAGAAGAACUAUGGAUCUACAACAUGGAGACUGGAAGAUGGAAAAAAAUUAACACUGAAGGUGAUGUUCCUCCUUCUAUGUCAGGAAGCUGUGCUGUGUGUGUAGACAGGGUGCUGUACUUGUUCGGAGGACACCAUUCAAGAGGCAAUACGAAUAAGUUCUACAUGCUGGAUUUAAGGUCUACAGACAGAGUAUUACAGUGGGACAGAAUUGAUUGCCAAGGAAUUCCUCCAUCAUCAAAGGACAAACUCGGUGUCUGGGUAUAUAAAAACAGGUUAAUAUUUUUUGGAGGGUAUGGAUAUUUACCUGAAGAUAAAGUAUUGGGAACUUUUGAAUUUGAUGAAACAUCUUUUUGGAAUUCAAGUCAUCCAAGAGGAUGGAAUGAUCAUGUACAUAUUUUAGACACUGAAACAUUUAUCUGGAGCCAGCCUAUAACUACUGGUAAAGCACCUUCACCUCGUGCUGCCCAUGCCUGUGCAAGUAUUGGAAACAAAGGCUUUGUGUUUGGAGGCAGAUAUCGAGAUGCUAGAAUGAAUGACCUUCACUAUCUUAAUCUGGAUACAUGGGAGUGGAAUGAAUUAAUUCCACAAGGCAUAUGCCCAGUUGGCCGGUCUUGGCACUCACUGACACCAGUUUCUUCAGAUCAUCUUUUUCUCUUUGGAGGAUUUACCACUGAUAAACAGCCACUAAGUGAUGCCUGGACCUACUGCAUCAGUAAAAAUGAAUGGAUCCAGUUUAAUCAUCCCUACACUGACAAACCAAGAUUAUGGCAUACAGCUUGUGCCAGUGACGAAGGAGAAGUAAUUGUUUUUGGUGGGUGUGCCAAUAACCUUCUUGUCCAUCACAGAGCUGCACACAGUAACGAAGUACUCAUAUUUUCAGUUCAACCAAAAUCUCUUGUAAGGCUAAGCUUAGAAGCAGUCAUUUGCUUUAAAGAAAUGUUAGCUAACUCGUGGAACUGCCUUCCAAAACACUUACUUCACAGUGUUCAUCAGAGGUUUGGUAGUAACAACACUUCUGGGUCUUAAGGCUUUAUAGAUAAUAAUGCCUCUGAUCACAUUGCAUGGACAGCAAUUCUAUAAACAUCAGAGAGUGGCAUCAUUUGUAUAGUUAUAUGCAUUGUGUAGUUUUGCAGCUUUUUGGUCUUAAUGUGCAUGUGAAUGGCCUAGAGAACCUAUUUUUGUGUCUAAAGUUUACAAUAAAUGUAUUUAACACCA